CAACAAACUUGUCAUGACUGUUCUAAUGCCGGGCCACGUGCUGCCCAGGAUCCGCGAGCAGCUGCAGCAGCAGCAGCAGCAGCCGCCGCCGGCGUGGAGGAGCGCGGCCGCGAGUCGUGGAGGACCGGCCUUCCGAGUUCGCGGGCGUGGGCCAUGGGCAGCGGGCUGCGGUGGAGCGCCGCCCUGGCGCUGGCGCUGGCGACGGCGGCGCUGCUGGUGGCGCCUGCUCUUGCGUCGCCCUCGUCCUCCUCCAGGGGUCGCACGUCGUCGGCCCGCAACUCUUCCGCCGCGCCCGCGCUCGGCCCCGCCAACCCCGUGCACCACGGCAUCCACGUGGUGAGCUGGCGCUGGGAGGAGAUCGGCGCCUUCUUCACGCUCACCGCCUUCGUCGUCAUCACGGGGCUCGCCAAAGUGGCAUUUCAUCAUGCUUCAUGGCUUCUCAUGAUUGUAAUGGGAGUGAGCGUUGGAGUCAUCACCUAUUUCGCUGGUGUUCGGACUGAGAAUGAAGAGUCGACUUUCCAUUUUACUUUACCCAACUUCAGUCCCCAACUCUUCUUCAUGGGAACAUUAUGGAAUACCUUCGCCAUUGGUUUGGCAUUGUAUGGACUAUAUUAUGCUGGGACAAUGGGCACAAUGCCUACUGAAUUUGGACUCAUUGAUGCAAUGGUCUUUGCUGCACUCAUCUCUGGAGUGGAUCCAGUAGCUGUUUUGGCUAUUUUCCAGGAAAUUGGGGUCAACAAGGACUUAUAUUAUCUGGUCUUUGGAGAAUCUCUGUUCAAUGAUGCCGUGACUGUGGUGCUAUAUACUACUAUGGCUACCUUUUAUGAAAUGCCUCAUAUUCCAAAUGAACAAUAUCUUCUGGCAACAUUAGCAUUCUUUACUGUAAGUUUAGGUGGAGCAGUUGUUGGUGUGAUAUUUGGUUUAAUCAGUGCUCUAAUCACUCGUACUACUGUUCAUUGUCGAGUGGUGGAACCACUUGCUGUCUUGGGUCUUGCAUAUGCAUCUUAUCUCCAAGCUGAGCUUUUCCACUUCUCAGGAAUAAUAAGCAUUAUCGUUUGCGGCUUGGUGCAAGCUCAUUAUGCUUUGCAAAAUAUAUCACCCAAAUCCUCUACUUGUGAUGCUAUUAUUUUCCUGUUCCUGGGAAUGGAACUAGUGAGUGACCAUCAUGUGUGGCACACAGGUUUUGUGCUCUGGACAUUGCUGCUAUGCUUGAUUUGUCGUUUUGUUGGUGUGGCAAUUCUGACAGCCGUAGCAAAUGCAUACCGUAUCCAUCGUAUAAACUUCCAAGAGCAGUUUAUAAUGGGUUAUGGUGGUUUAAGAGGUGCUGUUGCUUUUUCAUUGGCUGAAAUGUUGGACAUUCAGAAAGUUAUUCCUCGCCAGAUGUUCAUCACUACAACUCUUGUAGUCAUUCUUUUCACAGUCUUCAUUCAAGGUAGUACAAUUAAACCAUUGGUCAAAUUAUUACACAUUCGAUUAUCAAAAGCUGGUCAUAAAACUCUGAAUGAAGAACUCAAUGAUCAUAUCAUUAGUAACAUGAUGGCUGCUAUUGAGGAAGUUACUGGAUAUAGAGGUGAUUUCUAUAUGCAGAAAAAAUUCGAACAUAUGGAUGACAUAUAUUUGAAGAGAGUGUUCAUGAACACACAACACGAAAAUAGCUUUACAAGAUUAUAUGAAAAGUUACUCCUCGCAGAUCACUAUGUGCACCUUUAUGGACCAGUGGCACUUGUCGAAGACAACAAGGGCGAUGUCUUACGCCAGCCUGAACCAGCUUCACCCAUCUCCAAUAAUCGGAAUUCACUUCCUCCGCAACGAUUAUCGCUCCUAUUUCCGGGAGUGGAGUUAAGACAUCGUCAACAAUCGAUUCCAUCAUCACCUACCAGUCGUGAUCCAUCAGUUGAAGGAGGUGCUGGAAUUGUGACACUUCGACGGGCUAUCCGUGACAAUCCAUAUCAGAAGCUGCAUGAGAGAUACAAUCCAAAUCUCAUUGCUGAUGAGUGCCAGGAACUUCAAGAACAUCUUGAAAGACGACAUAUAACAGCUCGACGCAUCACCCAGCUGGCUGCUUUCCAACGUCUUUCAGCUAUGUCAGACCCAGUAGCAUCACCACAAAUAGGGGAUGAGUUCCAAUGGCCUAAGCGGCAGAUUCAUUCAGAACUGGGAGGCUACUUCCCAGAGAAUAUGGAGGGACUUGAUGCACUCCUUGAACGUGCAGGGCAGCGGGGUGCUCUGCGAAAAACUUCAUUCACAGGCAGCUCAGCAGGGGGUGACAGUACGCGUGGUGCACCACAAAGUCCUGUGCUUGGUACAGAACCACACAUUCUUUUUAGACAGACAUCCCUACUCCAAAACAUUUCAGAGACAGAAGAUGAUGCUUUGUUGCCACCCAAGAGAAAAGACAAUGUCAUGGAAUCAUCCCUGUAGGAAUACUUUUCACUUCCUGUGUGUGAUUGCUAAUUUGAGAAUUUAAUCUCAGGGUCUGAAAGCAUACUAUUGAGCAAUUAAUGAUGCUUUGUUGCACUAAUGAGGAAUAAAAUUCCACUAAAUGUAAUGUUGGGUGGUAAACAUGAUUAGCAGAUAAUGAAUUUGGCAACAAAUAAUGAUCAAUAGAUCAAUCCUAAUUCUAGUGUAAUGUCAUUAAAACAAGUGAUUUUAAAUGUAUGAAUAUAUGUUUUUUAAUGAAAAAUAUUUAAAAUUUGUUAUUCAUUUUGAUAAAUUCCCAUUUUAAUAAAGUCAGUGUCCUUCACUUUCACUGCAUUAACUUUGAAAAACUAAGAUAACAUCAAAAGUAUUCCAUCCAAUAUCAUGAAAUUAGUAAUUAACAUUUCUGUGCCUUGUUCUCACUGACGAGAUGUGUUGGUUUGAGAAAAGCAGUAUAAGAAUAAUGUCUGAAGUAUCAUUUCAUUUAGGGUUACCACCAGUCCGGUAUUACUCCGGACAGUCCGGGAAUAAUGAAAUUUGUCCGGAGUUUGGACUAAUUUGUGGCAUGUUCAGGAAUUUCCAUAAUAGAAUGUUAAGGAAAUUAUAUAAGUAUUAUUACAUAAUAAAAUAUUGUUAUUGGAGCUAGCCAAAUGUUAUACUGUGCAUUAAGAUAGCCCACUCCGAGAACUACAGUAGAGGUUAAAUGAUGAAAACUAAGGGAAUAAAGUUAGUUUGUGUCUCAAGCAUUUUACAUCUCAAAUGAAACAACAAUUGCAAACAAAGUCAAACAUAUUUUAUGAGCAAGUAAUUGAAUAUCUCCAGAAGUGGUUUAAUUUUAAUGACAGUAACCCUUUCCAUCAUUUCCAAGUCUUCUCUUUUACAGAAGAUAUUAAAUGGAAGGAGUUUGCAGUAGCUGUUACUAAAACUUAGACUGUGCAGUUGUGUAGUCAUGAAUUCUCUCUAAUCAGAAUAUUUCAUUAUUAAGGAUGUCCUUCCGGAAGAUAUUUCUAAUCAGACAGUGUGAAUGAAAAUGGACCUUAUAUUUUCAAAAAUUGAAAUAUUGUCUUUGCCUAACACUAGUAAUUGUCAAGUAUAUGUUGUCAUUUCCUUUAAGUAAUACAUUUACAGAAAGCGCAUUUUCAAUAAUGGCAAUGAUAUUGACUGACAAUCGCAAUAGGCUUAGUGUCAACGCAGUGAAGGCAGAAAUACAGUUCAAGAUAAAUUACCAGGGAAUGGAAUGUUCAAAGAUUUAUGACUACCUGAAAAAUAAGCCUUCUCUGAUUAAGGCAUGUAAGUCAAACCAGAAGUAGACUAAGUAUUUGUAAAAUGGAAGUUCAGACUUAACAGAAUACAGAAUUGAACUUAUUGUAAAUUUGUUCAAAAUGGUGAUUAAAUUGUACACUCCAUUGCAUUUUAUUAAAUGGUGUUUAAUAGUACUCUCCUUUGUUGUUUUUUUAUUAAAUGGUGUUUAAUAUUACUGUCCAUUGUUUUCUUGAAAUAAGUAUAUGUCCCAUUUGUAAAACUGCUCAAAAGAACUGUUGUACACGUAAUGCUCAGAUAUAACAGUGGGAACUUGAUUACAUUGGAUUUCUAAUAGCAUAUACAACCUUUUGGCUCUGAUUCUAUUUGUCCGGGAAUCCCAAUAUGGAAAGGUGGUAACCCUAAUUUCAUUUCAUAAGUGCGUGUGUAUGUGUGAGAGAUAAGUAAUGAAUGUGUAUUCUAGUUGUCUUGUAAUGAGAAUUGUAUUAAUUGUGAUAUUAAUUAAAAUAUUGAAUUUUCCAUACACAUUUUCCAUAAAUUACAAUCUAAAUAAAGUUAUUUACUUGUGAAUGUAGUGCAAGAAGCUAAGUGAAAAAUUUAUUUUUAGAAAAGGCAGAAGUUAGUUGACUCCUUAUGACUUUUAGCCUUUUCUUAAAUAAAUUAAAGGAGAACGAGUAAAGGUGAAAUAAAAUGAAGGAGAACUGGUGAAUCAAGCAGAACCUGGAGUGAAUGUAAAAUUAGUGUUGUGAAGUGUCAUGGUUCGCAAGUACGACACUAAUUUGAGCCACAUGACUCACGACACUCUGAGCAACAGUAAGGGAGGAUCAGAGGGAAAGGACAAUUCCAGUAGAGUUACAGUGAAGAGAAGACCUAUACUUUGGAUAGGAAGGAAAUAAAGUCUGAGAGCAUAGAAGUGUAUCUACAUAAUUAAAAUUUUCUCUUGCACAGAGAUGCAUUUUUGUUUCUUCAUUUCUUUUUAAACAAAUCUCC